AAAAAUAAGUAGAAGAAGAAGAGGGACGCGUUUCCGCUUUCUUUACCUCCAUGCUGAUUUGAAAAAUAUUCAAGUUUGUCUGAAUUUAUUUUAUUAAUUUCAUCAUGUCUAUGAAAUUAAAUUCUCUUUUCAGCGACUCAUAUGUGGAUAUAAGCCAGUAUAGAGACCAACAUUUUAAGGGCAACCGUUACGAGCAGGAGAAGCUGCUGAAGCAGAGCUGCACGCUGUAUGUGGGGAACCUGUCCUUCUACACCACCGAGGAGCAGGUGCACGAGCUCUUCUCCAAGAGCGGAGACGUCAAGAGGAUCAUCAUCGGCCUCGACAAGGUCAAGAAGACCGCCUGCGGCUUCUGUUUCGUCGAAUAUUACACUCGCGCUGACGCCGAGCACGCUUUGAGGUUUGUUAAUGGCACGCGGCUGGAUGACCGGAUCAUCCGAACGGACUGGGAUGCAGGCUUUAAAGAGGGCAGACAGUUCGGCCGGGGCAAGUCAGGUGGCCAGGUCAGAGAUGAGUACAGGCAGGAUUAUGACCCCGCCAGAGGGGGUUAUGGGAAACUGGUGCAGAAACCUUGAACAUAUUGACUUCUGACGUUUUUUUUUUUUUUUUUUUUUUUUACAUUUGAUUAAAAAUGUGUAUGAACAGUAUUUUGACAGGGAUGGGGUGCACAGUAACAGAUCCAGUUUCCUUUUGUGUGUGUGAUAUACAUAUUAGAGUUUAGUGCUUUAGGAAACUCAUGUGUAGUCUUUCUUUUUUAAUAAAGUGUGUAUUAUAAAA